AGCUUGCAUGUUUCGCUUUUGCGUUUCAACUCGAUCAGCAACCGACAACCCCCCCCCUUGAGCGAAUCCGUUUCCGUAGGUACUGAUCUACAGCACCGUCUCUUUUGGGGUCCCAAUCAGCGUCGCUUUGCAGAAACCUCCCGAGGUCAUUUCGUCUAGCGCAGACUCCCCACGUCAUCGCCAGCCACAAGGGGACUGCCACAGCACAGGGUUGCUUGCAGAAGUUCGGAGCUCUUACUACCACUACGAACACCUCUUGAAACUACUCACCAGGAACAUCUUACAGCGCACCACCAAGCUUAGGACCUGGCACUGAGUCUGGUAGACACAACCGCCAUGGCAACUCAGCGCUCAGAUACCCCCUCAGGGUCCUACAACCCCGUACCCGACAUCCACGACCCCUCGCACCUGAGCAGAGGAUACGGCAACUCCUCCCACCUGGACGUCGGUGUGACUGACUUUGCAAACACGCCCGCUGAAGCUCACACUGAGCGCCGAGGGCGGUUCGAGGAGGAAUUUGACGCGCGCACACGAGGCUCUUCAGUCCUCGAUGGAGAUGUGCCUCAGCGGUCGGCUUCCCGAGCUUCCCGAGCUUCCACGCUCAACCAGGGCUCAACCCCUGCGCGCAGUGGUACUCUGAAGAAGAAGGCCUCAGUCAAGAGGAGCGCGAGUCUGAAGCGCAGUGGCAGCAGGAAAAGCAUGCACGCGGGCAGCAUUCGCGGUGUGACCAUCGACGAUCAGGAGCAAGGCUACGACCGAGAGAACAGCGUCUUCUACACGCCUGUGCCUACCAAAGGCUCCCCUACUGAGGUUCUGGCGGAUCGCUUCCAGACUUGGCGAAAGUUUCUCAAAGAUCUCAUCGCCUAUUUUCGAGAAGUGGCUUCAUCGUAUGAACACCGCGCCAAAUCUCUCCUCAAAGUAUCAAACGUCAUCAACAACACCAAUGCGCCGCCUGCGCUUCUUACCGAGGGCGGCCUAAACGAUGCCAACCGCUUCCUCCGCGACUUCCACAAACAGGCCAUCGUUGAGGCAAACAAGGCUAGAGAUAUCGAGGCAGAUGUCAUCAACCAGCUCAGUGGACUUCGCGCAGAUUUGGCGCAGAAGAUCAAGGAGAUCAAGUCUUUGUCGGGUGACUUCAAGAACAACGUUGAGAGAGAAAAGGAGACGACAAGGAAGUGUGUGACAGCCCUCGAGGAGGCAUUGGCAGUGAUCGACUCAGACCCUACGGCAGUGGCGGGCAAGGGCGACCCCUACGUAGUCCGUCUCGGAGUGGAGCGCCAGGUGGAAAGGCAGAUUGAUGAAGAAAACUACCUCCACAGGGCUUACCUUAAUCUCGAAAACUCUGGGCGCGAGCUGGAGUCGAUCGUCGUGGGUGAGGUCCAGAAAUCUUACAAUGCCCUCGCCAGUAUCCUGAAGCGCGAUGCGGAUGAAAUGUACAACACUGUCGACAAGCUGCGCAGUGGUCCGAUUGCCAUGUCUAGGGAUCACGAGUGGAACAGGUUCGUGCGAAGUGACGUUCACUUUGUGAACCCCGAACUGCCCCUGCGAAGACUCGAGGAGAUUGAAUAUCCUGGCAAGCACCAUCCAGCUACCACCGAGGUCAGGGCGGGCAUGCUCGAGAGAAAGAGCAAGUAUCUGAAGAGCUACACUCCCGGAUGGUAUGUCCUGUCGCCGACUCACCUCCACGAGUUCAAGUCGGCCGAUCGCAUCUACACUCAGCCUCCCGUCAUGUCUUUGUAUCUGCCAGACCAGAAGCUUGGAUCGCGUUCUCAGCCCGGAAGUUCUUCCCACAAGUUUGUUAUCAAGGGCCGUCAGACCGGAUCGAUGCACCGUGGCCACACUUGGGUUUUCCGGGCCGAGACGUAUGAGACAAUGCUGGCUUGGUUCGAUGACAUCAAAACCCUGACAGAGAAGACUGGCGAGGAGCGGAAUGCCUUUGUGCGCCGACAUGCUAGUGUCAGGAGCACCAGCGCUGGUAGUGCUCGCUCCGCAAGCUCCGACGGAGGCCUUGAGGAAGACGAGGCAGAUGCAAUCCCCUACAGUGCAAACCAGUCGAUGAAGAACCAGGCUCUAAGGGACGAGUCCUUGGAACGACCCUCACGACCUUCUCCAGGUGGGCGCUUCCCAUCCGAUUUGCUGGUCAACCGUAACUUACAAGCACCUCUUUCGCCUUCUAGUGGGUCCUCCGAGGUCGGCAAUGAUCUAAGCACCGCAGCCGGCGGCCUGCAACAGAAUGUAAACCCAGAGUAUCCUGUCGAAUCCACUCAGCAUCCCGAGUCUUUCCAAACCGUCCAGCCACCGCAGGGACACCAAGCUGCGUCGUAUGUCAAUCCUUUUCCACCCACUCAGCAGACCUAUGAGAACCAAGCUUCUUACGUCGACCCGUACGCAUCUACCUCGCAAGCGUAUGACAAUGAUCCUUCGUAUACCCAGCAACACUAUGAGCCUCAGCAGCCUUAUGCUCAGGCUUCUCAUGCAGACCCUGCUCCUUUCGAGCGCCAGGACACGUCCUAUGGCAACUGGAUGGCACCUGCCGCCGGUGGAGCCGCUGCGGGAGUACUCGCCAACGAAGCCUACCGUAGGAGGCAAAUGGAAGAGCAAGAACGAUCCCAGCAGCAGCAAGAACAGCACUAUCCCGCCGAACUACCGCGGACAUUGAGCUCCUUGGGCAGCACACCAGCGAUUCCCGAGCGCAAUCCCAACCACAUCGCCCCUGAUCAGAUCGACGACACUGGCUAUGUUGCCCAAACUAGAGCACCCGGUCCUGAUCAGAUUGAUGACACUGGUUAUGUUGCCCCGCCUACAGCCUUUCUGCCUUCUUCGGUAGUGCCCGUUCCUAUCUCUGCUCCGUCUUCCAACCAGAAUGCCCCUGUUACACCUGCGACCACAGCAGAGUCUUUUUUAGCCGAUUCUGAGGUGGGCACCAGCGCUCCCUUUGGAAAGACCAUCAACGGGGGACCUGUUCCUGUGGAGCUGAUUGAGACUGCGCAGGCAAGGGCACAUCCGGGUAUGGCGAGGCAGAACACGGACAUUAGUGUUAGUGACCUACAUGUUCCGGGCGAGUACCCCAAGAUUCGGGUUGGUAGUUCAAGGGUGCCGAUGCCGUAGGGUAAAUUACGGUAAGGUGGGAUACAUUUGGGGUUUUAUGUUCUGGUUUGGGCCCUCUGGGAUGCGCGUUGCUCGUUAUCUGUCGUCGAAAUUUGCUGCGUUUUCUUUUCUCUCGUUCAGUGUGAGCGCUCUCUAUGCUCGCCACGUUUUCUAUUUCCCUUUUUCUUGAUACCCGCGACAACCCACCCACCAGCGUAUAUAGUAUAUAAUUUGAAUCGAGGCGUUACAUCCACUUACUCUGCGGCGGCGGUAAGAUGUGAUGUAUAUUUGCGAGAAAUGAGGAACGUGAGUGGAACAGUGCGUUAGUCUGGAUCUGCACUUGAUGUACGUUUGAAGGCCAGUGCGGCGUGACAUGUCGCUGCAAUAAUGCAAGGAUCAUGUCAUAGUUGGGUGUUUCGUGUUCACCGCUAUAGCUAUAGAAGUAAAUGAUGAACAUGAUCAAAAGGAGUACUG